AUGAGUAGUCCGAAGCGGCGGAUAGAGACCGAUGUCAUGAAGCUCAUGAUGAGCGACUAUGAAGUGACAUUGGUCAACGACAACAUGCAGGAAUUCUAUGUGAUCUUCAAAGGGCCUACAGAAACACCCUUUGCGGAAGGGAAAUGGAAAGUCCACGUUGAGUUACCGGAUCAAUACCCCUACAAGUCACCCUCGAUUGGUUUCGUCAACAAGAUAUUCCACCCCAACAUUGAUGAAGGGUCGGGUUCGGUGUGCUUGGACGUCAUCAACCAGACGUGGUCACCCAUGUUCGACAUGAUCAACAUCUUUGAAGUCUUCCUUCCGCAACUCUUGAGAUACCCGAAUCCUACCGAUCCGCUGAACGGAGAGGCUGCCGCACUCCUGAUGAGAGAACCAAGGAGCUACGAUGCAAGGGUCAAAGAAUACAUAGCUCAAUAUGCGACGAAUAUCCACGACGAUGCCGAUGAAGACGAAGGCGAAACGGAUGGCGAACUAAGUGAAGUUGAAGACUUCGACAGUGAUGGCGAGGAUGAACCUGCUGGUGCGAUGGAAGAUGUAUGA